UUUUUAUAUUUAAUUUGAUAGUGUAUAGAAACGGACGUCAUGUUAUCCAAUAUUUUGUUCACGUUUUUCUUGUGCUCCCUUGUGCUCGUGGCAGUUGUAGCAAAUCAUAUACAAGCUGUGAAUGGAAGAAUUAAAAUAACAACACUAACUACAGCAGGAUGCCCCGAUACGGUGCGUUUUAUUAAUGAACAACUGGCUCCUGCUUAUGAAGCAUAUGGUGAAUUAUUAGAUAUCGAGUUCGUACCAUGGGGAAGAACAGUGAGGUAUGACAAUGGUACUUUCUAUUGUCAGUUUUCACAAGUUAACUGCUGGGCCAACCGUCUCCAAAGAUGCGUAUUAAAUUUGCUGAAAGACAAUCAAGACGCUCAAAUGAGAUACAUGACAUGUGAGUUUGGUACAGUACAACCUGCUUUUCAUAACAACAGCUAUCUUUGUGCUGUAAACGAAGGUCUCAGUUUAGUAGACGUCGAUUAUUGUCUUAAUAAUCGUGAGCUUGACAAUUUGGAUGAUAUUGCAGAGGAAGCAUCACAGGAGCCCAUGGAAGUUAUUAACUUUGUUCCUGCCAUAGUUAUAAACGAUAUUGUCGACUAUGAUAUCCAUAGUGAGACUUUAAAACGUUUAGAGAGUAUGGUGUGCUUCGCAUUGGCCGAUAUUAAUAAUACUGAUGUAUCUUUCUGCCAUGUUGAUGUUAAUUUUAAUAGAAAUUAAUGAAUUUUAUAUUUUAUAUAUUAAUAUUUUUGUGUAUCCAAAGGAUAUUAUGAUUAAAUUACCUCGUUAACCAUUUAUGAUAUAUUAAAUAAAUUUAUUAAUUAAUAAAUAUAAUUAAAAGUUAAAGUGGAUAAAAUAAAUAAAUGAAUUAAUAAGUAUUUUUAUACUGUGUACAUAUCAAGUCUUAAUAAUUAUAUAACAGUCCUGUAAUACAAAUCAGCGGUCGUUUCCGUUAAUCUCCAAAACCGCUGAACCGUUUUAUAAAACUUUACAAACGUGUAAUUUUUACCUCGAGUAUCAGGACACUUUCAGUCCCAAAAAAAUCCAGUAGGUAUUACCUACUAUAUAAAUAAUCUACAGGCAGUGAUAUUGACACAUAUAUAAUUAAGAAUUAAAUUUAGUCAUAAUGUUGUAAAAUAGGUAUCAAAGUAUCAAAGUUCAGUAUACAAAUAAAUACCGAUAAAUUAAUGAUAAACAUAAUGAUAAUCUAUUAUCAUAUAAAUGUUUACCUUACACGAUUACGUUAACAGAUUAUUGAUGUCCACUUAUGGGCACGUGUCUCUUCUCAAAAGUGAAGAAUACAGCCCAGAUAUCAACUAUUGAUCUGGCAACUUGGUAUAGAGUUUAAUUUCAAGUUCUUUUCUUGCAUUUAUAUUGUGCUCUUAAUUUAGUCAUAAAAACCUUGAUAUAAUGUUUUAUUUUUAUUCCGUUACCAUAAUAAUAAAAAUAUUACAAAUAUUAAGAAUAAA